CACCUACCGAUCUGGUCGUCUCCACUUCUGGUGGUGGAAUAUCAGAAAAUAGACUCGAAACUUCAACGUUCACCGCGAAAAAAGUUUAAUCGUACUUUUCUAAUCAACCACAAAUGGUGGUUGCAGUUAAAGUUUUCAAAAAGACAACACCCAAUGGUAAAGUCACCGUUUAUCUGAGCAAGAGAGACUUCAUUGACCAUCUCACCCGAACUGAUCCAAUAGAUGGCGUGGUCGUUGUUGAAGAUGGCUACCUUCAGGGCAGAAAGGUAUUUGGACAGGUGCUUACCCUCUACCGAUAUGGUCGAGAAGAAGACGAGGUUAUGGGUGUCAAGUUCAGCAAAGAAAUGGUCAUAGACUGCGACCAAAUAGUACCAUGUAAAAAAGAGAAGCAACAGUUGACGCCUAUUCAGGAGAAGUUGACCAAGAAGCUGGGGCCCAAUGCUCAUCCAUUCACUUUCACUUUCCCCGAAAUGUCUCCCUGCUCUGUCACCCUUCAACCCGGCGAGGAUGACCAAGGCAAACCCCUUGGAGUCGAAUACUUCGUGAAAUGCUACGUCGGUUCCAACGAAGAGGACAAAGGAAGUAAACGCAGCACCGUCCAGCUGGCGAUCAAGAAACUGCAAUUCGCUCCCCCAGCGAAGGGAGCCAGUCGUCUUCCUAGUUCUCUGAUAUCCAAAGGCUUUACUUUCUCCAGCGGAAAGAUCAACCUGGAAGUGACCCUUGACAAGGACAUCUACUAUCAUGGCGAAAAGAUAGGCGCUAAUGUGAUGAUCAGCAAUAACUCCAGGAAGCAAGUGCGCAAUAUUAAGGUCUACGUUGUCCAGCACUGCGAAGUCACCAUGGUAAAUGCUCAAUUCUCCAAAUACGUGGCAAGCUUGGAGACUCGCGAAGGGUGCCCUAUCACGCCGGGUGCCAGUUUUACCAAAGUGGUGUACCUGGUGCCUCUAGCUUCCAGCAACAAGGACCGCCGAGGAGUUGCUUUGGACGGACGUCUUCGUGACGACGACGCUAAUCUGGCCAGUUCCACUUUGGUGCCGGACGGAAAAUGUCCCAUCGACGCUAUUGGUAUAGUGAUAUCUUAUUCGUUGAGGGUGAAAUUAAACUGCGGCACUCUCGGGGGAGAGCUAGUCACAGACGUCCCAUUCAAACUACUACAUCCCGCUCCCGGCACCAUCGAGAAGGAACGGGCUCAAGCCAUUAAGAAGAUGAAGUCCAUCGACAAGGGAAGGUACGAGCAAAGCUUCGCUAACGACGAUGAGGAUAACAUCGUCUUCGAGGAUUUUGCCAGAUUUAGACUCAGCAGAGAUGAACUGGAGUAACUCGAGAUUACCAACUUAUCGAAAAAUCGUUUGUAUUGUGCAAUACAAAUGCAAUCACCAACCCGCUUGAGCUCACUAACGGUCUACCAUAAAGAUACAUGAAGUAGAACGUUCUUCUUUAUUUUUCCGCCAGAAUAAAAGUUAACAGAUAUGUACAUUUGAUGUUAGCGUCUCAGACGAUGAAAAAGUGAUGUAUAAUAAUUUUUUUUGUGCUUGAACCGAUAAGAUUUUGUUUUAGAUUUAGAUUUAGAUUAGAAUAAAAACUAUACAAGACA